AUGAAGGCCCACAUGGAUGAGCCUGAUACCAAAGGCAAACAGAAGCAAAUGGAUGCCUCAAAGGCUACUUCUGAAACACCCAAGCAACACCAGCUGCGGAACCCAUCAUCUGCGGCUGGCUUCAAGGGUCAACGCUUCGAGUCCCACCUGAGAAGAGGCGUAUCAACAAGUUCUCCACAGUACUCGAAGUCACCUCGUUCUCCGCUCAAUACGCCUGGCGUUCCAGGGCUUCCUCGAUCAAAGUCAAGUUGGACCUUAGGAGGCUCAGAUAAGAAGGAGAAUGUACCACGCUUCAUGUCGUCGGAGCAUGCUAGAAGCAUCAGGUCGGUGCGGUACAACCCACCUCCAAAGAUUGGAGAGUUCAAGUUGCCCACCAUCACAGGGUGCACUCCGACCAGGUCAAGAUUUCCAGAGCUUGAGCCUAAGCAUGAGACACGUUCUGAAAGGAUGAUUAAAGCCAUUCAAGACCCCAAGAGCAAGAUGGUGGAGAGGUAUAAAGGCGUAAUGAAGCAGUUGUCGAGCAUGGCGAUGUUGAAGAGGAUGCACAAGUGUCUCAAUACAAUCAAGCCGAGGAGUUCAAAGCACGUUGAGUACAAGCCACUCUACCAACUGAGAGCAAUCGAAAGGGCUUCGACGCUUCUCACAAUGUCUAGGUCUCAGCACCAUCUGACCAUCGCUCAUGUUGAGAGCAUGCUGCAAGCAGAUAGACGGCGACUUUCUGCUGGGACUACCAUGAGUAGAAGAUCAUCAGUAUACUCGGAUGCAGUUGAAGAUAUCGCCCAGGGUCCAGAGCGUGGUCAAGAGCCCGCAGAUCAGCAGGGGUCGUCCACAGUGAAUGAAGAGGAGGCAGACGAGGACCGCACAGUGCGCGAGUCUAUACUUCUCUUCCGUGAGUGGCUGGACUUCUUGCAGAGGACUGCAAACCCAUUUGCUGAGAACGAGGGCGACGAAGAGUUCACUUACCCAGCAAUCCCUCGCACCUCCCCACAACAUUCUCCUUCCUCACUUCCUCUCACCCAAGAAACCCUUCAAUCUCUUCAGAAUCUCUCUCCACCCGACGAGAAUCGUUCUAAUUCUGCAUCCCCUACAUCUUCCGAGAUCACAAUUACCCCUGCUAACGCACAUACCUUUCUCAAAAUGUCUUCCUCUUCAAAGCCCGCUUCUCACGACCCUUUCGUCGACUCUACUGAAGCCAAACACACCAAGGCAGGUGACGGAAACAACGAGACUUCUCACCCAACUAUCAUGAAACAGACCACUGCUAAAGAAGGAGAGAGCUCAGCGACUGGGAAGAGUGAACCCCGUACCUUGAAAUCCUUGAGCUACCGAUCUGGCAACGAGUCUGACACCAACACCCCUCACGCACCUCAUCAGGCCAAUGACACUAAAGUCCGGCGAUCUUCUCGCAUCCCCCGAGGCCCUGCCAAUGUAAAGGCACAGAUGCCCCCAUCGAGCGAACAUAAAGAAGCGCGAGCUACCUCGGAGCGUCGCAGCUCAAUUCCCCUUGCCAGUCGCACCUAUGGUGUUGAGCAGAUAGGCAGCUUUGGUAAUGCGCCAGUUGGAAGCUUCUCUGGCAGCAUCAGAGUCGUUGAAAGACCCCGUGGCCCACGUCCUCAAAACGCGGCAGAGCGGGCCAAUCUUAAGAUCGAAAUGCCCGAGACCAUGUCCUCAUCUUCUGGAGAAGAAAGUGAUCUGCAGAAGCCCCCAACCGUCUUCACCGGGGAGUAUCGCACCCGCACGUUUGCCAGACCUGCAUCACGCUCGGAGGGACCGAAGCUUAAGAUAGCUUCUUCUGCCGAACAAGUGCUUAUGGGCGCAGCUGUCAAAGGCAGCGACGACGCUGGUAUCCAACGCUCUCUCCCGGUCCUAGAGCACCCCGAUUCUCUCAAGUGUCACCAGAAGGAGGCCGAAGAUGACGGCGAUACCCCUCGCGCUGUGCCAACAACCCAAGCCUUACUCAAUCAAUCGGCCGAGCAGACUCCCGUGACGCGCAACUUCUGCCGACCGCAUCACUUUGGUGGCAGCCUCCGAAGCAACCCAGUCACGCCCACUCGGGAGCCAUUUGGAGCAUUCUCUGACGACAUCGACAAUGAGAUUCCCCUGAUCCCCCGCACCGCCUAUCGCAGUUCAUCCAUGCAGGCUGUGGCCGAUUUCCCCCUGCAUGCAAAGGUACCGAGUGCCAUCGACUUGAGCCAGAAGCGAGACGUUAGCCAGGAUGAUCUCGCAGCCAAGGCUUCGGGCUCGACCCAAGCCGGAGGGCGCAGAUUCGGAAACAUCCGAAACAUCUUCAAGUCGACCAAGGGGAGCAACGACAAGGCACGCGGUCGAAGGGAGGAGAACGAGACACCCGGCGCUGCCAACAAGGAGGCCGUGUCCGAAACCAUCAAGGCCAGGGCUAAACGCAACCCAAAGAUCUCCCCGGCCCAGAUCUCACCUCCCAUCCCCAUGACAGAAGAGGAGACCCGCUCACUCUCGCAAGCUACUACAUCGACGCGCACGAGGGCCGAGCCUCCCCGUGACGGACGAAUUCGUCGGGCCAACCUGGCAGCAAUGUCCACGGGCAGCCCCCAGCGCCGCGGCGUCCACCGACGCUCGCAGGUCAUGAUGCCCCAGCGAAUCUCUACCCCGUCACGGGCGAUCGGCUCGGCCCAUGACGUCGCGAUGGUCAUCCGGGAUGAGGCAGACGCGGCCACGAAGGUCGCAGACGUUGGGUCCUGCAUCGAAGGGCUCAUCGCCAAGGCCCGGGAUGCGGCAGCACCCGGCAAGAGGGAGGAAUACCUCCGAUUGGCCCUCCGGCUGCAGAAGCACCUGGACGAGUACAAGGGGGCAGAGCGGGCAACGGUGGAGGCCGAGGCCUGGGCCGCUAAACAGCGGUCCGCGAGGGCCGACGCCGAGACCGUCUUGUUCGGGGUUCUCUCGGGGGUCCUCUCCCACCUGGGGGAGGACCAGAUGGGCUAG